UAGCAAGCACAAGGCCCUGGGUUCAGUCCUCAGUUCAGAAAAAAAAAUUUGUUUUUAAACAAAAAAGAUACCUCCUUUUAAAAAAAUGCAGACAGAGAAUUCUGGCUCCCGGUUCCUUGUUACCUCUUCUAAAAGAGCACCUCUGCCUGGAAGCUAUAUGUGAGGACAUGACUAAAAUUGAGGCACCCCCUGGACACCUUCUAGGUGGGCCAACUUGAUUGACACCUGCCCCUUCCCUCACCUCAAUUUCUGCUUUAAAACCCCCCAAACUAGCAGCUCAAUGAAACCCCAUCUCCUGGGACUUGCUCCUGUUAUUCAGGAGCUCUGCCUUCUGUCUAGCUCCCUAUAAUAAAACUUCUAAGUCUCACCCUUUGUGGUUCAUGAAUUUCAUUCUUCCAAGUCCAGAGAUUGAGAACUAAGUCACUAACUCAAUGGAAGUUUUGUGUGACCAUGAGUUUCCAGGGCCCUGACUCCUGAGUUAACACCCACCUGAGGCCAAGGUGAGGGAGGAAUGCCUUUGUGGAAUUCAGAGACACCCUCAAAGACAAGCCCACCCUUUCAUUUCAGGACAAUGUGAGAUAAUCAAAAAGAAAAAAUCACUGUGAUUGAAACUAAACAAUGCAAUCUGAAAGAAACAAUGACCCACUGCAGGAGGUCCACAGUGAAGGAAGUGACCUAGAUGACUGCGCCAACAGAGAGGUUCCCAGUGUGCUGUACAGGGAUAUGGAUGCCUAAGCCACCACAUAGACACCACUCAGGUUGCUGGAUAGGGCCAAUCCAGUACCCAGGGGCAGCCCUCUUGCUGCCCCUAGUAUAGGACCCCAAGUGACUGCCUACAUGAUACACCCAGGUCAACUCCCAGGUCACGUCCCAUUCCCAGGGGACUGCCCACACAAGGACCCCAGACCAGGCUGAGUCUUCAAGGAGUUACUAGAAUAUAGCCCCCAAGGGCAAACCCUUUACUAAAGGGACCUAUCAUAAUGCUCAGAGAAGAUUCGUUAUCUAGGGGACCACACACAGGCAACUGCCUAAUGAAGGGCCAGUACCCAAAAUGCCUCCUUGCUUACCUCAUGGCAGAACCAGAGCCCUGAGAGCUGUUCUCAUGCUCGAAAUAAUAAUAAGGCUGCUGACCUCACACUGCCCCUAGGAUAGGCCCACAACCAAGAGGGUUGCCCACAUCUGCCCUGAGGGCAGGCCACACCUAGGAGGCCAACUGCACAUUGCCCCCAAGUGUAGGCCCAGUACUAUUGGGGCCGUCUCUUUCUAAAUUCAGGGCAGGUACAGUAUCCUGGAAGCCACUGGCACACUGAACCCCAUGUCAGGCCCAGUACCCUGGGGGCCACCUAUACAUUGCCCUCCAGUGUAGGCCCAGUACUCCAUGACUGAGUGCAUGUUACCUUCAGAUUAGGCUUGGUCCCCAUGUAGCCAUGUACACACUGCCCCCAAGGGAAGGCCCAUUAUCCAGAGGAUCAGAUGCAGGCUGGACCAGUUAAAGUCCAGUCCCCAGAGGUAUUCGCACAUUUUUUCUCAGAGGCCCUGUGCCACAUACUGACCUAAGUACCCACAGCGCUACUUGCAUCCUGCAACCCAUGCAGGUGUAGACCCAAUAAGCAGGGGAUGAUCCAUACUACAGUAUGGCAGACUCAGUACCCAGGAGGCAGUCCGCAUGCUGACCUGAAGAAAGGGACAGUACCCAGGGGACCACAUACAGGCUGACCCCAGUUCAGGCCCAUAGGCACACUGCCCCCAGGAUGGGACCACUUCGAAGAACGUCUCCCCCGCUGGCAAAGAAGACCGACCCAUGAGAACUGAGGAGCUCAGUAUCCCCAGCCUCACUGUAGUCUUCCUUUAUCCUUCAUCCCAACUUACAGGAUCCCAUUCUCUUCCACUCAGUGUUCUCACUUUAACAGUAGCUUCCUACAAGGCUGGAACUUCAACUUCUAUUCAGAUUCUACAUUCUAAUGAGAUUCUGCAUUUGGUUUUCAGCAAUCUCAGCUUUCCAGCUACAGGAAACAAGGUUCUCCACCAAGUCUCCUUACAAGCUUUCAGGCCUUUCAUGCAGCACAUGAGCUGGGAAUUCAAAUCCCCAAAUUUGUCUUUUUAUUGCACCACACUGCUCAGCAACAUGAGGAUUAAACAGCCACCUUUGUCACAUAUUUGUUAAAUUUCCAAAUAUGAUUACAAGUACCACAGUCACCAGGAAGCCUACCACUUACUGAAAGCCUCCCACCAUGCACAAUGCUAAAUAACUUACUAAGAGGCCUCACAACAACCCUCUGAGCACCCAGGAACAUGUGGGGUCCUCAGAAUAUGUGUGUCUUGUCUGUGUCCCACAAAUCCCAACUGUCCUGCCUGGAAUUCAACAGGACCCAGCAGGAUCCUCCUGGGGCAGAGCUUCCCAUGAUCUGAUUACAUCAAUGACAGGUAGCCUGGGUGCCCAUGGGUCUCCUCUGGAUGACAAAGGCCCAGGCAUCCUUCCCACUAACUGUAUGACCUAGUCUUAAGGAGUACAUGGACCUCCCGACACUGAAGCCAGUAAAACUUGCUCUACAUCUGCCCUGAGCCUUUAUAUUGAGGAAGCUCCCAACUUCGUCACAACUUCCCAAGAGCUUGGAAACGUCUAUACUUUUAUAAAGGAAGUGGUUGCUUUUGUGGCCCAAAGAUCUGGAGAUGAAGUGCUUCUGAUGAAAUGAUUGAGCAAGAAACCACGUCCCCUCCCCCAGGCAGGCUGUUACACCCCACUCUGGGGACUGUUUCCAGGACAGUUCCACUCCACUCGCCUUAGCCCACCACAUGCAGCCCUUCUUCGCCCAGGCAACCAUGCGGCUGGUGGUACUGCUUGCCCUCUGCUGCUUGGCUUCCAGUAUCCAUGGGGCAGACUCCACAGAGUUUUGUUCCCAACAUGUGAAACCAGGAUUUCCCAAAACAAUAAAGACCAAUAACCCAGAAGUGCUCAAAGCAGCCAGAUACAGUGUGGAAAAGUUCAACAACUGCACAAACGAUAUCUUCUUGUUCAAGGAAUCCCAUGUCAGCAGAGCCUUGGUGCAGGUGGUGAAAGGCCUGAAAUACAUGCUAGAGGUGGAAAUUGGCAGAACCACAUGCAGGAAGACUAUGCACCCCCACCUGGACAACUGUGACCUCCAGACCAACCCUGCUUUGAAGCAGAUUCUGCACUGCUACUCCGAGGUCUGGGUCAUCCCUUGGCUCCACAGUUUCCAGGUGCCUGUUCUCUGCUGCCACUGACUUCUGCCUCUUCAGCAAGACCAUGGUUGUGAUAAAUACACAACACAUGCUCCCCCUGACCUUCCACACCAGCCUGGACAUUUCAGACCCUGUGCCCUCUUACCAUUGAACAGAUGAAGUGCCAGAGGGCCCUUAGGGUGGCUAGUAUGGGAGAGUACAGUGUCUCUGGGACAGAUUAACUGUAUUAGAUCACAUUUUCUUCUAAAAUUAAUUUUCCUGAUGCUAUGCACCUAGGUUCAGGGCUGGGCAUAGGGAUAGAGUCCCCUGGUAGCAUUACUAGAAUUGGGGGUGGGGGGAGAACUGGGCAGAGUAGAAGCAAUCGACCUGAGAAGAGUGUGUGGGAGGCUCCCCCACACCCAACUCCAUGAGCACACUCUGUCUCCAUCUCUUUGUCUGCAAUUAGCACCAGACCCAAGUGUGCUGUUGAUAAGGAUGGGUAAUCAUAAAUAAAGAGUGGAUCAUCUCAA